AUGGAGAUAUUUGAAAGCAUGAGAAGCCACCAGUGUGAGAAAUGUAUUGACCUGUUGUCACCAAAUGGCGGCCGACGUGCCCGUUACUCAUCGCCCCCGCCGAGGCCCUGCGCCGGGGGCACUCAGCCGUGCACAUGUCCACCUCUGCCAGGUCGCUAUGGCCAGGACGGGCAGCUGAUUUUCACGGUGCUGGAGUUCGAGAAGACAGCCACAGCCGAGGAGGUUCAGCAGCAGGCAGACGGCCUGGCGCUGGGAGGCGGCCACUUGCGAGUGUCCUUCGCCCCGGGACCCCCAGGCCGCAGCAUGCUAGCAGCGCUCAUUGCUGCCCAGGCUACGGAUCUGGACCGGGGCAAAGGGCUCCUUCCUGACCCCAACCUUUUGCAGCUGCUCAAGAACCACCCCUCGGCCUCGCUGCAGCUGCUGCUGAACCCCCUGCUGCAGGGCGGUGCAGGGGGUAAGCAGGGCCUCCUGGGUGCACCCCCCACUGUGCCGCUGCUCAACAGCCCCGCACUGUCCACAGCUCUGCUGCAGCUGGCCCUGCAGGCCCAGAGCCAGAAGAAGCCGGGGAUCCUGGGAGAUUCACCUCUUGGCUCCCUUUACCCCGGGGCCCCACCGGCACCCCCACUCCUGGGCGAUGUCCCUGCAGGGGGGGGGCUGUCCCCCAAGCUGUCAAGGCGAGGAGGCAGACCGCCACCCCUGCUGCAGCCUCUGCUUGGCCCCUCCGGAGGUGACCAGGACGGUCUGGGCUUGGGCCCCCCAAACACCCAGCUCACUCCACCCCCUGCCCCGAUGGGGGUUCGGGGCUCCAGCCUCCGAGGUGUCCAGAAAGACAGCACGCCUCUAUCGACUCCUUCUGGGGUGUCCCUGCUGGGGGAGCCCCCUAAGGACUUUAGGAUCCCCCUGAGUCCCUACCUGAACCUACAGAGCCUGCUCCCAGCCAGCAGCCUGGCUGGUAAGGAGGCCCAGGACUGGGAGGGCCCUGGGAGAAGUGGCCGUGCAGUCGAGGGGCCCCCACCCAACCUUGCAGCCCCAGGCAGCAGCGGUAGCAAGGCCUUCCCUCUGCGGGGCCUCCUGCAUCCCGAGCCAUGCCUGCCCGACAGCUUUGGCAUCCACUACACCCCAGAUGUGGCACCCCGGCGAUUUUUUUCUCACUCACGGGAGCCGGUUCCCGCCCCCCCUGGGCACAGCUGCCUCAAAAUGUCACCCCCACACAGUGGCUUCAGGGAACUGAGCUCUGGGGGCCCCCUCCCCCAUUUCUACUCGGGGUCCGCCACGUCCUACUUCACCAGUGGCCUGCAGGCUGGUCUCAGGCAGAGCAACCUGAACAAGGCCUUGGUCUCCUCCCCGCUGGGCAUGGGUGAAGCACUCCUGGGGAUCAGCCCUGGGCACAAUGGCCACAGCCAUCUGCUGAAGUCCCCACUGGGUGGCCAGAAACGCAGCUUCUCUCACCUUCUGCCGUCACCAGAGCCCAGCCCUGAGGGCAAAUACGUGGGCCAGCAUUUUCAGGGCCUGGGCGGCCACUAUGCCGACUCCUACCUGAAGCGCAAGAGGAUUUUCUGAGCUGCUGGCUCCCCACAGAGCUCCGCUUUGUUGGUUUCUGGGCUUGCAUUUGGGGAUUUUAUUUUAUUUUUCAUUUUUAAAUCAUUCCUCCUGGCGCUAAUAGAAGACCCAGAAAAGACUGACCGAAAACAUUGUGGAGCCCCAGGAUUGCAGGGGCACCCAGCUUCCCCCUGCAGCCUUAGUGGGGAGGGGUCUGGUGCGUGCUCUGCCCUCCCUCUGCAUCUGCUUGUGUAUGUCCGUCUGUCUCCCAUCCGUCUGGCCAUCCGUCCAGGAGUCUUUCCUGCCUCAUUACUCCUGUCUCUUGGCCUUUCGAGUGCCUUGGAGGUUUCCCCUGACCUCCCGUGAGGAUCAGAGACUGUGUCCCCCACCCCACACACACACUUUUUUAACUUUCGUCAAUGACUUUCUUUUCUAGAGUUGAAGACUCCUCUUUUCUUUAUUUUGUAAACAAUCUAGGCCGCCCUGCUUCUGACUCCUUCAAGGCACCCCACAUUAUUUGGGGGUGCCCUGGGCCACAUUGACGGUUACAGGUGCACCCUGCCUGGCCAUGGUUCCCCGUGGCUACAGCCCUGGCAUGAAUUUGUCCUGGCAGCCGCCUGGUGCCAGCCUGAAACAAUCCUCCCCCCCCCACUUCCUGCCACAGUCCCCCUGAUCUGAUGAUGCCUUAAAGCCACGGGCCUGGACCCUGGCCAGAGCCUCUCAGGAACUCCAGGAGCUUGACUAGGGACCAAACAGCUCUGGUU